AAUAAGUUUAUCAUAUCACGAGAUCUUUUAAUAUUUUUGAAAUUUCGUUAAAAACAUUUGGAAACAAACAAUUCUGUUGCUGUUUAUCAAUUUGAUUGUUCUCCAACUCAGAACUGAGAAUUGAAUUCUUCUGAAAUGAAAAGUGAAACAUAUACAUCUGUUUUACCUGUUUUGUAUGCUGAUACUCAAGGACAACAGGAAACCGAUGUUAUAUCUACAUUAGCAAACGCUAAUAGCGUUCUCUAUCAAGAAUCUAGCUGGCCUCAGAUUAUCUCUUCUGAGCCCGAACCCCUUAUUCCAUGCAUUUUAUAUCAGUGUCCUUUAUUUCAAGUGUCAUGUGAGCAGAUUCAAAGCCUCAUCAGUAUUUGCCAUCCUACAAUGACAGUCAAUACGUAUGAAAAUAUCAGCUUUGUCGCAGAAUAUAAUCCAAGUGCAUUCAGCUUAAUGGAUUCCCCCAUAAUGUCUACUUCUGGAUUCAGUGAAGGGUGCUUGCAAGAAGUUUAUACCAGAGAGGAGAUUUCAAGCUCAACCAUACAGGAACUGCAGAAGGAAAUUACUGAUUCAUAUCCUAUAGUAACUAAUUAUGGCGCUGUAUCAAUAUUGCUAGGACAUCUUGUGAGGGUUGAUAUAUCUCCAGAGAAAGCUAUAUACAUGAGUGUAGCGCCUGUGGAAGGCGUCGUUGCCGUGAGUGCAGAUGGAAGCAAGAGUUGCAUCAUCCAUCCAAAUGGUAGAGUGUUUCAUGAUAGAGAUGAAGUUCACAUGGCGACAUUGAACCGAAAAGCCAAGAUUUGCAAAAGAGGUGUCGUAUUUACUUCUACUGACCACUGUCUAUCGUAUUUGGUUGAUGAAUCUGGAACUAAAACAACAGCAGAACGGUUUAGAGAUUUGAGUCAAGACUUUAGUUUCCAGGUAUUUUACAACGAGAGCCAACUUAAUGAAUCGAUCCAAAAAUGCUUUGAUAUGGUAGAUAAAGCUACCCAUAAGAAAUAUAAAAACGGUGAUGAGAUUUGGAUGAUAGAUGAUUAUCGAAUUAAGCAAGAUCAGUGGGGAGAUGUUAAAAUCACCCAUGUGAAAGAUCCUAGAGUUAUCAAAGCUUCGCCAACAAAUGGACAGCUGUCAGUAAAAACUAGAAUGGCUGAUAUGAACGUUGGACGCUAUCCAAAUAAUUAUUUAUUGGUACGUAAAAAAUCAAAAGUUGUGUCUGCCAGUGUCAAAGGUUUCAAUGCUCAAUGUGGAACUCAAAGAGCUGGUUUCAACAGCACUGGAAAAGUAGUACUUCAUUAAGUGUGAUUUUGAAAGGAGUGAUAUUAUAGUAGACUCUUAUUUAUGACAAAUAUAUGCUAACUCUGAUAAAAUGUGCUAGAAAAGCCAUCUAAACUUGAAGGAAUAUUGCAUGAAGCAGUUAUUUAUAAUUAGAUAAGUUUUUCGUGAUUUUGAUAUCAUCAAUACUUAAUAUUGCCAGGCAAAGUUUUAGCCACACAAUCAUAACAUUAUGCUGCCUGAUUUUAGUUAAUAAUUGAACUUUUCAAUUAAAUAGUUGUAAUGUGACUCAUUUAUUGAACGAGAAAUUUUAUAUUGUCUUAAUCAACAACAACCAAUUUUUUAAUAUAAUUUAAUCGUAAAGAUAAGCAAAACUGUUACAAUCAGAAGGUUAAUAUUUAUUUGUAAAACGCAAUUAAUGUAUUUUUACUUUAUUAUAAAAGUUUCAAAGAAGAAUAUGAAAUUGAGGUUGUCUUAAACAAAGUUUAAUGUAAGAGAAAAUGCAGCUAAGGCACUAUUAUUUCCGAAAAGAUAUCUUGAAGCGGAAAAAAAAUAUUGUUUUUAUAAUGGUGAUAUUGUCCAAAAAGUUCCAUAAUCAGCUAGUUUUUCUUAAUUGGUUUAACUAAACCAGACUAAAUAAGGUAUUUCAUUGGAAAAAUUCGUUUUCUGCUUUUUCCAAUCUUUACAACUAACCCCCCAAUAUUUUAUAAUAAUUUUUGAAUUUAUUGCUGAUUGAAAAAAAAAAGCUUUUAUAGUUUUGAAAUAAGAACAAGAGAAAAAUAUAACUCAAAAGCAUUUAUGAUUUUUUUUCUGCUCAAAAAAAAUACAGUUAUCUCUUGUAAAGUAUUUAUUGCUGGGUCAUGAAGUUUAUACAAAAGUGUGAGUUUCAUUUCAAGAGUGAGAAUAUUUAUUCUUUUUGAAUUACAUUUUUUCUAAUUUAUGUUUUGUUUUGUUGGAAAUAUUGUACAUCAAGCACCACUUUUUAAAAUGUAUUACGGCACUUAUAAAUACAACGUGUUUGUGUCUUGUUACUUGAUUACCUUUUGUGAUAUAAUUUAUGGAAAAUAAA